UCUCUUGACAAAUACACAGGUCCCAUUGCCAGACUUCACUGAACCAUUUUUCCCACACUUUGACUGUAGUAUGAAUCCUUGGCCUAUAAAUAUCUCUAAGUAAGCCUCUGCCUCCAUCAGUCCUCUUGACUGGUCCAUCCAUGUUCUUGAGUCUCCUUAUUUUUCUAAAAUGAUGAAAGAACAUCUGAGCACCUGCCUCCUCUUCGCUCUGCUUUCUCCAGUGACAUCUCUGACAUGUUCCAAUUGUCGUUUGCCACGUGGCUAUGACGCUUGUGACGUCGUUAAAUAUCCACAUCGUGUCUGUAGGUCUUAUGGAAUCUGCUCCUCUGGUGUUCUGCAGAGCAAUAUAGUUCAAUGGUAUCAAAAGGAAACUUACCGUCAAUGUGAGGACCCCAGUUUUUGUCACUCAGGUGAUUAUAGUGUCACUGCAGCCGAGGGUAAAUUUCUCUGGACAAAGGUCAUCUGCUGCAGAACAGAACUGUGCAAUUUGGAGCCUCCCCACCUUCCACCUCGUGAGGAUCUUCCCCCCAAUGGUCUACAGUGCCCAGCCUGCUACAGCAUGGUCAUAACUAGAGCACCACAGAAUUGUCAAAGUCAGGGGAAUGUCAGCUGCCUUGCCUAUGAGACCAAGUGCAUUGACUAUUUUAGUAUACUUAUGAUUCACCACGAUAUUUUCGACCUCAAAUUCCAAGGCUGUGCAUCUGAAGACAUGUGUGCCCUUGAUGGAAAACACUUUAGCUUGGGCUAUAUUGCAUUAAUUAAUGUUAAAGCAAAAUGCUACGAUCCUGAGAAAUCUUCAAGACAGAUUGACCUCAAAGGGUAAACAGGAGAGAGGAAAGCUCUCCUCUUUAUUAAUUCCACCAUUCAUGGUAGUGGCAGAAGAUACUAGGAGCCUAGUGGUAAGAAGAGGGACUCAGGUCUCCUGGGUUUUCUUUUUCACAAUUGGUGAAAUUCAUGAUCAAAAUAAA